AUGAACCCGGAAGCUAGCUGCACCAUUCCUCAUGUUUUCGCUGAGGAAUCCUCCCCGUCCCCUUCUGAGGAGAUUCCACUGAUGCUCAGUGUACACGGUGUCUGUGUGUGUCCUCUCAUCAGACAAGCCAAGCUGGAGGGAGAGAGGAGAGAGGAGGAGGAGGAGAGGAGGAGGCAAAUUGAGCCGCAGGAGAGAGGAGGCCGCCAGCAUCCUGUGCUGAAUGCAGAGAGUUUAUUAACCCUGAACUCCUGCAGAGCCCUGUACCCCUUCACCGCACGCAACGCUGACGAGCUCAGCCUGGACGCUGACUGUUUCAUAGAGGUAGAUGAUGAGAUGGUGGGGGAGCCUGGUUGGCUGUGUGGUAGUUACCGUGGGAACAGGGGCUGGUUCCCCCAGAGCUAUGCUGAGAGAUGCACCACCCCCCUUGCCUCUGACCUACUGCCCCCUUCCUGUCCAACACCCAGCCCUGGACUUCCUGACAGAGAGAUUGCAGAGGCAGGACGGAUCCCCGCCCCCAGCGUCACCCCCAUCAAAGACUCCUGCCAGGAAAAUGACACACACACAGAACCUCUAUACACCGCUGUUGAUGAGUUGGAGAGCCCAGAUUCCAGCAAGCUAGAAGAGUUUGUGGCCCUGUUCACCUAUGAGAGCCCGGAGGCAGGCGACCUGACGUUCUCUGAGGGGGACGUAGUCAUGGUAACAGAGCAGGAGGGGGAGUGGUGGAGGGGGUGCAUUGGAAACCGGACCGGAGUGUUCCCUUCGAACUACGUCAAACCCAUGGAACCAGAGAUCACUAGGCCUGGAGCUGCUUCCAAGAAACCUGAGAUCGCCCAGGCGAUCACCCUGACUACAGAGCAGCUCAGUCUGUCACCGGGGCAACUGAUCGUGGUCCAUGCCAAGAACUCCUCCGGCUGGUGGCUUGGGGAAUUGCAGGUCCGAGGGAAGGGGCCACGAAGAGGCUGGUUCCGCUCCUCUCAUGUCAAACUGCUCCCUCCCACAAGCAGCAAGACUACCCCUGCACCUGUCCCAGGUCAUCGCCAGGUACAACUUCACAGCAGCCAAUUAGGACUUGAUGAGCUUCUCCAAUUGUCAGCUGAUCAACGUUAUGGACAGUGACAACCCUGAUUGGUGGAUUGGAGAGGUCAACGGGGUCACAGGGCUGUUGCCAACCAAUUACGUCACCAUGACCACUGAGUCCGACCCCAGGCAGUAAUGAAGGUAACGCUGGCACCUUGUCCUCUCCCUCCUCUUACUUCUUCUUCUCUGAGCCAAUCCUGGAAGCCUCACCUUUUCAUCUGCCAGCGAGACCCUCCUCUUCUUCCUCCUCCUCUUCUCCCUCCUCUUCCUCCUCCUCUUCUUCUUCCUCCUCAUCUUCCUCCUCCUCUUCCUACACCCUGCUUGUAUCUCCUUUAGAAUGCUUUUUGUUCGUCUAUCCUCACUCUUUAUUUUUC